UGCAGGAGGUCGGUCUGAGCCGAGGUUAGAUUGUGCUGAAUGUUAUCUCGCCUGUCCUCUCUUACCGUUAUAAUAUUCAGUCGGAGAACAGGUGCGUGCCAGGGCGCGUGUGGCAUUGACCGCAUCGACAUUAAAACGAAUGGGGGAAUUUAAUGGAGACUGCUUAGUGUUCAUCGGUUUACUGUGGCUCAACUGGGGACAAACCAUAUCAAGGAGUCUAAACAGGUACUAUGAGAGAGAGGCAUUACUGGACGGACACUAUCACACGGGGUUUCGGACUACUCUGUAUUGAGAUGAACUGUGUAACUUGGGUGUCGUUUAGAGACGUUGCGCGUUUACAGGACCAAUUUAUCCAGUUUAAUUUUUAGCCUAUAAUUGUGCUGUACGUCGGGUUCAUGUUGUCUGCGUUCAACACGUUGCCUGAGAGCGAGGCUGGAACAGGUCACUGGUUCACUCCAUCCAUAAUUUAGGAUGACGCCUCUUGGUCAAACCUGCUUGGUCUCCUCCCUGUUUCCUCACCUCGUCUCCAGAGUUCAAACGCCAAAUCAGCAGACUGAGCGCUCCUGAGCACUGUUUGGCUGACGUCCCGGAGAGGUGAUGCGACGGUUUAUCUACUGUAAGGUGGUGUUGACCACCUCUUUAGUGUGGGUGCUGGUGGACGUGUUCUUGCUGCUCUAUUUCAGCGAGUGUAACAAAUGUGAUGAUCGGAAAGACCGCUCGCUGCUCCCUGCCCUCCGAGCGGUGAUAUCUCGGAGCCAUGAGGGUCCGGGGGAAAUGGGCAAGGCAGUGAACAUCCCCAAGGACGACCAAGAGAAAAUGAAGGAGCUCUUUAAGAUUAACCAGUUCAAUCUGAUGGCCAGUGACAUGAUUGCACUCAACAGGAGUCUGCCGGACGUGAGGUUGGAUGGCUGUAAGACCAAGGUGUAUUUUGAUGACGUGCCAAACACCAGCAUUGUCAUCGUGUUUCACAACGAGGCAUGGAGCACCCUGCUGCGGACAGUUCACAGUGUCAUCAACCGCUCUCCCAGACACUUGCUCAUGGAGAUCGUACUUGUUGACGAUGCCAGCGAGCGAGACUUUCUGAAGAAGAAGCUGGAGAACUAUGUGCGGACUCUGGAGGUGCCGGUGAGGAUCCUGAGGAUGGAGCAGCGCUCCGGUCUAAUCAGAGCCAGGUUGAGAGGGGCAGCUGCCACCAAAGGUCAGGUCAUCACCUUCCUGGACGCUCACUGCGAGUGUACUGUCGGCUGGCUGGAGCCCCUGCUGGCACGCAUCAAAGAGGACAGGACAGCAGUGGUGUGCCCCAUCAUCGAUGUCAUCAGCGACGAGACGUUUGAAUACAUGGCAGGCUCAGAUAUGACCUAUGGUGGAUUCAACUGGAAGCUGAAUUUCCGCUGGUACCCUGUUCCCCAGCGGGAGAUGGAUCGACGCAAGGGGGACAGAACACUUCCUGUUAGGACCCCCACCAUGGCAGGAGGAUUAUUCUCCAUAGACAAGACGUACUUUGAAGAAAUAGGAAGCUAUGAUCCAGGGAUGGAUAUCUGGGGUGGAGAGAACCUGGAAAUGUCUUUUAGAAUCUGGCAGUGCGGUGGCUCAUUGGAAAUUGUAACAUGUUCGCACGUGGGCCACGUUUUCCGGAAGGCCACCCCAUACAGCUUCCCUGGAGGAACAGGCCAAGUCAUCAACAAGAACAACAGGCGCCUGGCUGAAGUCUGGAUGGAUGAUUUUAAAGAUUUCUUCUAUAUUAUAUCACCAGGCGUGAUGCGGGUGGACUACGGGGACGUUUCUUCCCGUAAAGCCCUCCGCGAGGCCUUGCAGUGCAAGCCGUUUUCCUGGUAUCUAGAGAACGUCUACCCAGACUCCCAGAUCCCAAGAAGAUACUACUCACUUGGUGAAAUCAGAAAUGUUGAGACCAACCAGUGUGUGGACAACAUGGGAAGAAAGGAAAACGAGAAAGUUGGCUUUUUCAACUGUCACGGCAUGGGUGGAAACCAGGUGUUCUCAUACACAGCGGAUAAAGAAAUUAGGACAGAUGACCUCUGUCUGGAUGUCUCCCGCCUCAACGGACCUGUCGUCAUGCUCAAGUGUCACCAUAUGAAGGGCAAUCAGAUGUUUGAGUACGAUGCCGAGCGACUCACCCUGCUGCACGUGAACAGCAACCAGUGUUUGGACAUGCCAUCUGAGGAGGACAAGAUGGUGCCCACCCUGAGAGACUGCAACAACAGCCGCUCUCAGCAGUGGCUGCUCCGUAACAUGACCCUGAGUGUCUGAUCCCUCACCUCGCCUCUCCCCCCGCCACUCUGUCCUCAUCCUAACCAGUCCUGGCUCUCCACGCCCUCACCAGGUGGCUCUAACCACACAUCAUACACCGAAAUAUACAGAGAUCCAGGCAGCAGCGGCUUAUCUUCCAUUAGGGAGACGUCUCCUUUUACAGCUCGCCAACAGGUUUGAGAGCGGCUGCACUAGCCAUUCAGGUGGAAUGACGAGCUGUGGCUUUGGUGACCUUGUCGUGUCCAAGCAGGGAGAACGAUGUGUGAGGCCUCUGCAUGGAGAACAUUGAAAUCUAAGCACUCAACAGUAGGCCAGCUGCCAGCCCCGCGUCCACUGUGCUGCUCAGACUGCUGCUUAGCUGCUGGACAAACAAUUAAACAGAAGAGCAUCUAUACGAAGGAUAUCGCAAGGCACGUUUCUGCGAUGGUCUGCACUGUAAAUGACCCUCCUUUUGCUGUGUACAGUGGGUUGGUUGGUUUCCACUGUAGGUACAAUCUGAAAACAAGACUGUUGUUGUUAUGACUGCUGCUCAUCCUCUUUCCAUAUCAGCGUCUGUGUUACAUUCAAAUAAGAUUGAAGUGAUGUUAAUAGAGCCCAACCAAUGCGGAAGCUGAUAUCAUAACAUAAUGUACCGAUCAUUUAGAUUUAAAUUCUAACUUCAUUUUGAAUUGGGAGACAUUUGGGAGGACCCAUAAGUUUGUAUUCCACUUGGAAAGUGGAAGCUAGCUAGCCUGGAGCUAAUUCCCUAUAGAUGUUAUUUUUUGUUCAUGUUAUUUUAGCACCAGCUGACUGAACACCUACUCAGUGUUCUUCCCACAUUAUACGAAGGAGGGGUCUAACUAGCAUUAAUUGUCUCUUUUUAAUUGAUCCAGUUGUAGGAAAUGGCCAGAUUGUCAAAACUAAUCCUGAAACUUCAGCACUCUGUCACACUGUCUACCCCUGAUUCGACCCACUACACGGAAUAACAUACAGACUAACACAGUAGUUAGACAAUCGAAUCAAAGAUGAGGCUGAACAUGGGCUAACAGCACCAGCUGUGUGGCUGCACGGUUGUACCAAUCAAAUUACCACUACCACGACUGUCAGUACCAUAGACUGUGUAUGGUUGAUACCAAGAAUUCACAUCCCCUGGAAAACACUAAUGUACAGUAAGGGGCGCUAUCACUGCAGAAAAAUAAAUACAACUGAAAAUGUAUUCUUUUUGGUAAUUAACCAAAUACGGAUUUCUGAGAAAAGCUUGUUAUUUCAGUUUAACUUUAACAUAAAUAAUUAUUAAUUUUUCCUUAAAUUUGGUUAUUAAAGAAUUCUAAUUUAUAAAUAUGUUCCAAACUACCUAUCAGGGCUGGUUGACAAACAGUCUAAUGCGAUUUCUAAAUCACCUAAAACAUAUCUUUGGCAUUUCUUCACUGCAGUUUCUUGUUAAUUAUUGGCUGACAUGUAGGCAGAUAAUAAUAUAUCUGUGAUAAGCUAAUAUCGGCCGAUUUAUUGGUUGGGCUCUCGUUAGUAAGGUGGAUUUCAAACUAUCAUAUAAAAAAAAUGGACACAAAAAGGAAUUACAGUAGGUACAGUACGGAUGAAAAAUGUGAGGCAGCUCUUUCGACCGACAUACUGUAUGAACGUUUAUUUAUAACAGGCAAAGGAAGUAGCAAGUAAUCAAGACUAUGAGUAGAUAUAACUGAUUUUAAAUGAAUGUAAGAGUUUUCCCUAAAUGAUAAUGACUACUCUGAAAAACUUUAAAUGCACUGUGUUAUCACAGCUAUCUGAGAGCAUCAUUACUACACAUACACUUACACAGUAACAUUUCACACGAUCAGUUUCUGAAAGUUUCCAGCUACAAAGAUGUUGCCCACUUCUUUAUAAUAUCUUAAGAAAUCCUGAUGUCUUGGAGCCGAAUAGUGACGUGUGCCUUUAGAAAGUUGUUUUGUAUUUGGUUUAUUGAUUUUUAGUUGAUUUGAUUAUUUUGGUGUUGAAAAAGGAGAAUGUUAUAUCUUUUGUCAUUUUGAGUAAAAAAAAAAAAAAUACUGCAAAUGGAUAUUAAAUAAUUCUCAUAUCUCAUAAAUAUGUCACAAUCAUAUUAAUUCUUGAUCAAAGAUUUAAUUACAGUGAAGUAAGCAUUCAGUGUAUCAAUACUCACCCAUCACCCAUGUGACAGGUACUUUUCACCACAUCGUUGAUCAGGAUCAGGCAACAAAUGUUGUACAUAAUGUUGUUAACAUGUUUCUAUCACCAUUAUUGUUGUUGUACAUACAGAACGAAUUAUUUUUCUAAGAUGCUGUAAAAACUUGAACACUCCUCAGAGAAAAAAGACAUUGAAUGGUAAAAAGAUCAUGAGGUAUUGCAGUGUUAUUUGGAAUCGUGGUAAUAAAAACCAGUGCUUACCUUGGGUUUUGAAAUUGCGGUGUGUUUUGGAAAUCAUCAUCGGCCCCACGAAACCAAUUCUCAGACUACCUAAAGGACCUUAGGCGAGCAUACAUGAGGGAGCAACUAAUGGUAAAAUACUAUCAAUGCUGCUUGAAUACUGAAUCCUUGCCAAGUGCCUACUUGGCAUUCAGACUAAAAUUCAAUCACCUCUUCCGUAUUACGCACACACAUUUAUUGUUUUUCAUUAUCUUAAAGUGCAUGGUGUUAAAAUAGGAAUGUAAUGUUUCAGUGUACUGGUUGCAAAGUGAUGUUACCUGUUUGUACAUUUUUUUUUUUUUUUGUAGAAAAAAACAAAACAAACUUUGAACAUAGAUUUAGCAUUAAUUUCGGUGUCAAGCAACUGAUGAAAAUGUGAACACUAGCACAUCACACCAAUACAUCAGUUGUUUAAUAAACCUUGUUCUUGAAGCUUUUAA